CUCGCCCUCGGGGGGGGGGGGGGGUGAAAUAUCUGCAUGUACAAGCGGUAUAAAUAAAGUACGCCCAUAUUCAACCUGGGGAUUUGUGAGCGCCUUCGCUGGCAGAGAGUCAGACGGUUAAUGAACUAAGUGGCGAGAGAGACAGAGACAGAGAGAGAGAACGGGGAGAGAAGGAGAGAGGGGCAACGGGUGAGAGAGAGAGAAGCAACGAAAAUCUCCCGUCCCAUAUUAGUUAUCUGAAUGCAACAGAGUUUGAAGUUGAGCAUUUAACGAGGCGAGAGAGAGAGAGAGAGUUGGACCUACGCGUAAAGUUUCCUAGAUAUAGAAUUCAGUUCUACAGAGUUUCUCGUGUGCAGUUUAGCCUCGGGAGGAUUUGGACCCCUUAUUGGGAGAGGUUUAUUAUAAAUUAAGACAAGUCGAGUGAAAUCUCCCCCCCCUAUUUAUUAGUGUGGUGCUUGAUACAGUUACCCCCUUACACUAGUUCCCAGCCGGGGGUAGCGGGAGCGGUUGCAGACAGGGAGAGCGACAGGGACAACUCGCAAACAGGGAGAGAGAGGAUGGGAUUUGUUCAGCCGCGUCUCUGGCGCCCGUUGCUUCUCCUCCUCGCCCUGCUCCAGUUCGGCGGCUUGUCCGAAGGGAGGAAGAGCUGGCGGGCCGCCGGCCGCCACAAGCCGGACUAUCGCCGGGCGCAGGGACUGGCCGCCCGCGAUAGGAACCAGGCGCCCGGCUGGAGCCAGCAACAUCAGGCCGGCACGGCGGCGGCUACCGAGGAGGAGAGCUUCACCCUGGACUUCACCGCCGUGGAGGGCAAUAUCGACAACUUCAUGGCGCAGAUCAAGAGCUUGGCUCAGUCUCUGUACCCCUGCUCAGCGCAGAAACUCAACGACGAUAUGAAACUUCACUUUCUGGCCAAUUCCUCCGUUACCUGUAACGAUGGCAGCGCUGCCGGAUACUACAUUAAGGAGUCUAAAGGAAGCAGGCGGUGGCUUGUCUUUUUAGAAGGAGGUUGGUACUGCUUCAGCAAAGAGAACUGUGACAGCCGCUACAACUCCAUGCACCGUCUGAUGAGCUCCACCCACUGGCCUCACAGUAAAACAGGAACUGGAAUGCUGUCUUCUCAGCCGGAAGAAAACCCUUACUGGUGGAAUGCUAAUAUCGUUUUCAUCCCUUACUGCUCGAGUGACGUGUGGAGUGGGGCGUCCCCGAAAACCGAGAAAAGUGACUAUGCUUUCAUGGGAGCGCUGAUUAUACAAGAGGUAGUCAAAGAACUAUUGACCAAAGGCCUUGAAAAUGCAAAGAUUCUUCUGUUAGCAGGCACCAGUGCUGGGGGGACUGGCGUUCUCCUGAAUGUGGAUCGAGUGGCUGAGCAGCUGGAGGAGUUGGGAGUACGUGGAGUGCAGGUGCGCGGGUUGGCCGACUCGGGCUGGUUCCUCGACAACAAGCAAUACCAGAGGACGGACUGCAUCGACACCAUGUCAUGUGCUCCCACUGAAGCGAUCAAGAAGGGGAUAAGCUACUGGAAUGGAGUUGUGCCAGAAAGAUGCCGGGAACUAUUCAAGGAUGGGGAAGAGUGGAACUGCUUCUUCGGAUACAAAAUCUAUCCCACGUUAAGAAGCCCGUUGUUCGUGGUGCAGUGGCUCUUUGAUGAAGCACAGCUCAUGGUGGACAAUGUGCAUCUCACUGGACAACCUGUUCAAGAAGGCCAGUGGAACUACAUCCAGAACUUGGGGCGGGAGCUGAAGAAUACUCUCAAAGAUGUUCCGGCCGUGUUUGCACCAGCAUGUUUGUCUCAUGAAGUUAUCACAAAAAGCUACUGGUUGAACCUUCAGGUGAAAGGCGUCUCUCUGCCGCGGGCACUGCACUGUUGGGACCGGAGCCUGCAGGACGGCGCCAGGAACAACGGCAAGGGCUCGCCGAAGGGCUGCCCGGUCCACCUGACCGACAGCUGCCACUGGCCGCACUGUAACCCCACCUGCCCCACCAUCAGGGACCAGUACACAGGCCAGGAGAUGACUGUGAUACAGUUCCUCAUGCACAUGGGAUUCGACAUACAGAAGAUGGCUCAGCAACAGGGCUUGGAGGUGAGCAAACUCUUGGGCAUGCUGAGCAGCGGGAGCUAAGGCAAUCCCCCCCCCCCCCCCCGACCGGCCUCUCUCCGGGACUGACGAGACUCGUGGCCGAGGGAAAGAAAUCCGAGCCCACACUCGAAGGAGAACCCGACGGGCCGGCCUUUCUUUCCUCCUUCACUUUCUGGAACCUCACACAACCUCUCACCACAAGACGAAAUUAUUUUUUUAAAACAACACACCCCUGCAAAUGCCACGGAAAGAUAAACCAGGCGUGGCGGGAGAGCGCUGGAUUGUUUCACGCCCGGCAAGAGAAAGGAAGGAGCGGUGUUUACCGAAAUAAAUUUACUGGUCGUCACGGAUCGGAUCACAGAACACAACGCAGACACACGUACAUACGUACGUGUAGGAAGGAAUUGCAGAUGCUGGUUUAAACCGAAGAUAGACUCAAAAUGCUGGAGUAUUUUGCUUGGGCAGCUGUCAGCCCAGUGGUUUGAUUUUUGAUCUCUCUAGCUUCAAGUAACCCUGGCAUUCCCUCUCUCUCUCUCUCCAUCCCUCCCCCACCCAAGUCAAGUCGCACCAGCUUCUUGUUCUCA